ACCGAUAUUAAUGGUUUAUUUGUUGACAAAAGAAAUAACAGCACAAAGGAUGCUGAUAAAGUUUUCGAAACGAAAGUGACAGCGAAUUAAAUGUGCAUGUAGUACAAAACAAUACUAUAUCUUAUAUUUUCAAUCAUCAUUUCAUGAAAAUUAUACAAAAUGGAUAUAUUGUGGAAGAAAGCUACACUACCCAGCAUUGAAGAUUUUGCAAAGGAUAUAAUCGUUAAAAAGAACUUAACCACUGAGUUAAGUAAAGCUAUCCGGAAUGUACAAGAAGAAAAUGUUGGAAAAUCAAUCAUCACCGAUUACGAAUCGAGUAAUAUCUUUUGCAAUGUUUUGGAAGCAAUAUUGAUCCACGGGUUGAAAGACAAGCUAAGUAACAAAAUGUCAUCUGUAUUUAGUAGUUCACCUGACAGAAUGCCAGAACCCCAAUUUUGGUCUGUAGUUUCUCGAUACAGUCACAGUAAUGUUAUCUCAGAAAUAAAGACUUUUAGUAAUAUCACUACGGACAUCGGUCGCGGCCGAGCUUGGUUGCGUGCAUCGUUAAAUGAUGGUCUAAUUCUAAGUUAUAUGAGCACAAUGACUACUGAUGUAUCAAGUUUGCAAAAGUUUUAUAUCACUACAGCAUUUUUGAGAGACAAAGAACAAUCAGACAUAAUGAAACAGCUUUUAGAAGGAAUCAGCGUAUUCAGUUUUGAGUUAUCUUGUAAUGACAGUGCUUUAAAUGUAUGGAACAGUUUGCCUCUUACUUUGUCUAAUUUAUGGACACCCCCUGUUACUCCUCAACCUGUUAUGCCAGCUGUUGAUGUUAUAGACUUUUUUACUGAUCCAAAAAAUCAAGCCAAAGCUGCAACUAAAAGUGAUCAAAACAGUCCUAGAAUUAAAAAAUCAUCAGUAAUUGAAACUCAAACUGAUAUGCCAUCAUCUUCUUGUGGGGAUCCUUCUAAUGAUUCUGAUCAUUUGAAUCAGUCAGACCAAAAUAUCAUUACUCAUAAUGUAUUAAGUAGUGAUAUAGAUGAUGCAAUUGCGACAAGAGUUAAUGAGAUGAGCGCUGUUCAAGGUGCGACUGUUAAUCACUCUGAUGAUGCAGCAACUGUAGAUGCGUUCCAUUUAGAGGAAACCAGUUCAAAGAUCUCAUCGUCAGAUUCUGUUCCUGAUUUUGGUCUGGAAAUAGUUGAUAGUGAUAUGGAGUUCACUCAUAUUGGUUUAACCGGAAAUAGAUUGAGUUCAAAAUGUGGAUGGUCUUCGGCUUUUGAAGAACCAACAACCCCAACCUCACCAGAACAAGACCAGAGCUAUGAUUCAUUGCUGCAGAGUUAUAAUAAAAAUCUGAAUAAAGUUGUAAUUGGAACGCCUGAAUUAUCAGAUACUUUUUCUUCCAUAAUGGGAAAGAAUGAAGAUGAUUAUUGUGAGUUUUCUGAAGAAACUAAAUCUCCUGAUUUGGAUUUUGAGAUUGUUCCUAAAUACCUUUCCUCUGAACAUGCUGAUGAAGAAACUAAGUUACUAAUAUCUAUUUUAGGAAAAGUAUGCCCGGAACAGGGUCUUGACACUCAAAAUUUUCAAUGUUACUCUUGUGGAAGGCAAAUUGGCUUUAUUUAUGGCAAAGCAAGGCUUUGCUAUUAUGAUGGAUAUAAUUAUUGCUAUGAUUGCCAUGAUAAUGAAGAAGAGUAUGUUCCCGCCCGCAUGAUCCAUAAUUGGGAUUUCAAGCAGUACCCUGUGUCUAAAAGAGCAAAAGUUUUUUUGUCAAGAAUAGUCAAAGAUCCUAUGUUAGACAUAAAAGAACUGAAUCCUGUGAUAUAUACAGCAGUUGAAGAAAUGGCACAAAUGCAGCUGUUAAGAACUCAACUUACUUUUUUGCGAUCCUACAUCUUCACUUGCAAACAGUCAAUCGCUGAAGAUCUGCGUAUGCAACUGUGGCCUCGAGAAUAUCUGUACGAACAUGUGCACUUAUAUGCGAUAGACGACAUUUUAGAUAUCCAAUCUGGUGCUCUUGCACAAACUCUUCAGAAGGUUAUAGCAUUUGCAAAGAAGCAUGUUUUAGCUUGUCAGUUGUGUCUUUUAAAAGGGUUUAUUUGUGAGGUUUGUAAAAAUUUGAAACCAAUUUAUCCAUUUGAUGUUGAUACCACCUAUCAUUGUGAUAAAUGCCUUGCUGUUUACCAUGCUGUUUGCAUGGAUGCUAAUAAAUAUUGUCCUAAGUGUAUCCGUCAGAUGAAAAGAAGACAGUUGUUAGAUUCUGCUAUCGCUGACUAAAAUUAUUUAGUUAUUCUUUCUUUUUUUUAAUCUGUGAGGUGUUCUAAACUAAUAUGUCAGUUUUCAGGCCAUUGAAAACUUUCUAAUAUAAUUAAAGUGUUCCUUAUUUUUUUUUAUGUCGUCUCAACUGCAAGACAUCAUAAAUUUUAAAAAAAUUCUUUUAAAUAGUAUAAUCAAAUUUUGAUUUAAAAAAUCAGGUAAAAAUUUUGUUUUUAUGAUAGUUUAUUUUCUGUUCAUAUCUGGUAACAAUAAAUUAGUUUUGAUACAUAUGUUCAUCAAAUAAAUAUAAAAUUGUUACAGAUCCUUAUGUAGUCUUUUACAUUGCAGUAAUUGAUUAGCUCAACAAUUUUAAAGUGAAAGAACUUAAAAAAAUUUAUAUGUUUGUUUGUUUUUUUCCCUUCUGUCAAUUUGUAGUUUGUUAGCAUACCUCUAUAUUGACACAUGAAAAUAUUUGUUGCAAAUAAAAAAAAAUAAUACACUCUAAAUGAAAUAGUUAUGAUGAUAGGUACAAAUCCCAAUAUUGAUAGUUCUCAAUUAAUUGAUAUUCAAACCAUGUGUCAGUUUUAAACCAAAUUAUUUUGUUUUUAAGUGUUAUGUGUUUAUAUUAUCAUUUAUGUAAUGAAAAUAUUGCAACUUUAAAUGUGCUGAAAUUAUUUUAAUUUUUUACUUAUAAAUUAAGAUCUGCAUCUUAUUUUCUUAAUGAUAGGUAUCUAUAAAUAAUGAGAAUUAUAUAUAGCACGAAAAAUAAAUCUAAUGCAUUAUCCUCCCCCCCCCUCUAUGGUUUUUAUAUUAACUACAUUACAUUUCGGUUUCAUUUUAGUGACUUAUAUUUUUAUUAUUUAUAAAUUAUACAUUCUUCUGAUUAGAAUAUUACUUAAAAUAUACAAUUUGAUAAAUGAUAAUAAUCAGUGUGAAUUAAAAAAUUGGAGAUAAACUAAUAUUUAUUUUGUUACUAAUAUUUAUUCCUUAGGAAUUAUGUUAACGAAUUCUGAAUAUAAAGAUUUAUUAUUUCUUUAGCCUUUUCUUUUCCAGGUACUAUGAGAGAGGUUUAUACCAAAUUAUAUAAGAAUAUUUUAUAAUAUUUAUUUCAAUUUCAUUCUUUAUCAAUUUUCAUUAUUUGCUAUUAAAACUAAACUGAUAGUAGAGAAUUUCAGAUAAUUUAAAAUAUUUUUGAAAUGUUUCUACUAAAUUUUCUAUGUCAUUUUGAUUUUCUUUUCUCUCAAAGACUCUUAAACUCACGUAUUUCAAACUUCAUAGAAAAUUUUUAUGAUAUACACUUCAAUUUGAAUUUUGUUUAGUCUCUUAAAAAUUAGUAACAUUAAUUUGUAGCAUUCAUACAGCAGUAUUUAUGAAUCAAUUUAUUUAAUAUAGAAUGCUUGAUAAAAUAUACAAAAUUUCUGAUUUAUUAAAAUAUUUUAUUAAUAAAAUUAACUAUUUUAAUAUUUAAGAAAUCUUAACUUAAAAGUGUAUUGUAAGCGUACUCUUGUAUCAACCUUUAUUAGACUUAUGUUUCUAAAAAUUUAAAUUAAUUUUAUAUUAUAUGUAUUUAAAUCUGGUUUAUGAUCAAUUUAAAAUUAAAUAUAUUAAAUUAGCAAAAUUAUAAUUCCACCCUUCCCCUAAAAUCAAAAUCAAAAGGCAAACAUUUUUAUUCAAGAAUUUUCAUUAUUGUUGAACUGUAUUAAAAGAUAUUGAGCAACGAAUAUUCCUUAGCAACUCAAGAUCUUCACUUACUUUAUACAUGAAGCUCUUGUAUUUUCUUCAACGUCAAUGAAAAUUUUUCUUUUAUAAUUUCUCUGCUUAUAGUGCACUUUUAUUGCAGGUUAACGAAAAGCUUAAUUUUUUUGGCAUUUUAUUUUUGUAAAAAUUAGUGUAAAAAUUUUUUUUUAAUGUUUUAUAAUUUUUUCUUUAAAAAAAGGUUGUCAAAACUUUUUGUCCAAGAUCCCAAGAAAAAUUCUAGGAUGUUUUAACACCUAUAGAAAAUUUUUAUAAAAUUCCAAGUACCUACAUGAAUGGUGUGUGUUAUUAGUUGUGAAUAUCUGAAGAUGGAGAUUAAAAAUUGGUUACUAUAUACGUUUUUUCAGACUCUCAAAUUUAGUUUUGUCAGACACUCUCCUCAGUUUCAUCCUAUAAUUUUAUUUAUAUAAUUUUCUUCCUAUAAUCUUUUAUAAGUACAUUUUAUUAAAAACAUUUCAGCAAGUGUUGCAUUGCACAAAAUUCAAGUAAUCAUAUGUAUGUUCAUCACUAAAAGUUUAGUUUUAUAAUUUCUGUGAUAGACUUUAGAAAUCAUUUUUAAAGAAAAUAUUCAAAAAUUAUAACAAUUUUCAUACAAUCAUAUUUCUUUUUCAUGUCGAGAUCUAGUCAAAUUCAAUCCUUUUUUUUUAAAAAAAAAGAGAGUUGUAAAUAAUAUUUUAAUUAACAAAUCAUUAUAGAUUUCUAAAACUAUCUAGUACAAAUUAUCCUGUAUCUAACUAGGUACAAAUUAUCCUGUAUCUCACGGUCUUUGCAAAUUAUCCUGUAGGUCACGGGUUUGUGCACAUAGUAUGAGUUUAAGCCUAAAAUAAAGUAAUAAUUGUUUUCAUUUAUCAUUUAAGUCACCAUAGAAUAAAUAAAGAUAUUUAUAUAUUAUUUUUAUUAAUUUUUGAAUAAAAAUUAUGGGGAAAAAUAUAUUUUUCCAUAAUCACUAUUAGAAAUUGUAUCAUAAGUAUUAUCUAUUCAUAUUUUUGCAUGUGUAGUUAAAUGGCUUGUGUUAGAUCUGCUUUUAUUUAAAAGUUUUCUUCAAAUAUAUUCUUGAAACAUUUAUUUUAUACUGUAAAAAUAUCUAAUCCUGAAUGUUAAUGAAUUAUUUGCAAGACAGUAUAAAAUAAAAGUUUUGUUGAUCCAGUACUUUUCAGUCAUUGAAAAAUUAAACUAGAUACUAUUUAAUCAAAGUUAAUUUUUUAAGUUAAUUCAAUAAUCAGUGUCAGAUUAAUAAUUAUAAAUGUCUAAUUGUGAUAAAGAUUUGAAGAAAUUAGUACUUUUUCUUGGUCAGUAUAAAGACAUAUAAUGAGGAAAUGAAUAAAUAAAAAAUAAUUAUUUCAUUCCUUAGGAUUUCAAAAGCAAUAUUAUACAAAAAUAAUAAAUGCUAAUACAUUUUCUAACUACUCCUACCCUCUGCUAAUUUAAUUUUAUAUUGUAAAUACGUUUAUUUCGAGUAGUUAAAAUAUUUGAUCAAUUUAGUCAGUUUCUUUUACUUUUUUUUUGGAACCUGUAUGUAUA